AUGACAGGCCAGCCGAGAGACGACACGACCAUGCCUUUCGUGGGUGUGAACGACACGAUUCGCAAGGGACGGCAAAUCGCUUCCAACGUCCCGUGUGCAAGGAACCGCCUUGCGCCGCCCGCGAGGAUCGCUCAUGAAAGAUUCGGCGCCGUUGAGAGUCUCAUGACCACAGCGCGUGCCACCAUGGCGUCGCAACAAACAGCGGACGGUCCGUCGCUCAAAGAAUGGCGCGGCGGUCGCGGUGCGACGCGGAAAAUCGUUCCGUCCGCCACCGGAGCGGCCAAGGCGGUCGAGAAAGGCAUUCCCGCGCCGAACGGCAGGCUGGCCGGCAUGGCGUUCCGUGUGCCGACUCCAAACGUGUCGGUUGUCGACCUCACCACGCGUCCGGAGAAGCCGGCGGCAUACGAGCAGCUCCGCGUCGCCACCGAUGCAGCCUCCGAGGGGAAGCUGAAGAGUUUUCUUGGCCGCACGGAGGGCGAGGUUGUUUCCAGCGACAUGAACGGCGUCGCGCCGAUGUCCGUCUUUGCCGUCAAGGCCGGCAUUUCUCUAAACGAUCGCUUCGCGAAGCUCGCCUCAUGGUGCGACGACGGGACCGGGUACUCCCAACAAGGUGCUGGACCUCGUUGCUUACAUCCCAGCACACUGAAGCUGCCGGAGGAAAAAUUUCGAAAGGAAACAACAACGGGCUUGGCGGGGGCGUCGGGAAAGGAAUGUAAAUAA